AAUAUUAGUUGCUUUUAAACCUCCAUAAACCUCUGUUUUAUCUUGUAGAAGUGCCUCUUGCCGGCAAUAGCACCAGAAAAAUGAAGUGCCCUUAUUGCUCGUCGGCGCAGUCGCGGUGCGCCACCACAAGCUCAGGCCGCUCAAUCACGGAGUGCACAUCAUGCGGCCGAGUCGUCGAGGAACGUCAAUUCCAACCUUAUCAUCUAUUUCACAUUCGAGCCCAAGACAACCCUCUCUGUCUGGUUACAUCCGAUCUUGCAAGCCUCCACCACCAGGCUCUCCAUGCUCGUCAAGGAGACGAGGAGGACCCAUUCGAGCCCACGGGGUUCAUCACCGCAUUCUCCACUUGGUCUCUUGAGCCGAGCCCACUCUCCCUCCGUUCUUCCCUCUCAUUCUCGGGUCACCUCGCUGAGCUGGAGCGCACUCUUGAAUUAACCAACUCAUCAUCGAAUCCGACUUCAUCCACGGUGGUUGUCGAUAAUCUGAGGGCCUAUAUGCAGAUUAUUGAUGUGGCUUCAAUUUUGGGGUUGGAUUGUGAUAUUUCAGAUCAUGCGUUUCAAUUGUUUAGGGAUUGUUGUUCGGCUACUUGCUUGAGGAACCGCAGCGUUGAAGCUCUUGCCACUGCUGCUCUUGUUCAGGCCAUUAGGGAGGCUCAGGAGCCCAGAACCCUUCAGGAAAUCUCAAUAGCAGCCAAUGUUCCUCAAAAGGAGAUUGGGAAGUACAUCAAGAUACUAGGUGAAGCUUUGCAACUGAGUCAGCCUAUAAAUAGUAAUUCCAUUUCAGUGCAUAUGCCUAGAUUCUGCACGCUCCUCCAAUUAAACAAAUCUGCUCAGGAAUUGGCGACCCAUAUCGGAGAAGUUGUUAUCAACAAAUGCUUCUGCACUCGCAGGAAUCCCAUUAGCAUAUCGGCAGCGGCUAUAUAUCUGGCAUGCCAAUUAGAAGACAAGCGAAAGACACAAGCUGAGAUUUGUAAGGUGACAGGUCUCACUGAGGUCACACUCAGAAAAGUCUACAAGGAACUAUUGGAGAAUUGGGAUGAUCUACUCCCAUCCAAUUAUACUCCUGCUGUCCCUCCAGAAAAAGCAUUUCCUACUACAACAAUUUCUUCAGGCCGUGCAUCUACUCCUAGAGUUGACCCAGUUGAAUUAACAUCAUCAUCUUCAGACAAAGACAAACAACCAGAGAACAAACCAAAUAAAACAAAUGAUGUAUUGCUCAGGGGCAAGGAGGAUGCUGAAAGCAACAGUAAUUCUCGUGGGGCUCGCGCCCCUGCAUGGCCGAUUUUCAGACAGCCCUGGCUUCAAUUUGGAAGUUCUGGAGCUAGGACUUCAGGAGAGAAAAUUCAAAAUACAAAUCGAGGGGAUGUCAAUGAGUUGCAGUCUGACUGUCAAGAACUGGAAGAGAAAAUAGAUAAGCUAAAAAUGGAUAAAGACUCAACAGCUGUGGCUAGGCCAAACCAGAUUUCUAGCUCCCCAGCUUCAUGUGUGAGUACAAUCACCUGGCCAUUUCGUGCCACACCUUCAUCAGGGUCUUCUCCAAUUGUUCAGCCCCCACCUAAAUUAGCACCAGGUUAUGCUGAGCUAAAAGGUGUUGGCUAUCAAAAUGGUGGUAAAAAUGCAAAUGUGAGUGGGGAAAACAAGUAGCAGGGGUGAUUUUGGUCAUGCUGUUCUGUUGUAUAUUUUAGGUUAUGUGAUAAGCUAUGGUCAUGACUUUCUGCAUUUACUGAUCUGCGACUUUUGUUGAAUAUUUCAAAAUUCAGCAAGCAUGCAUCUUCUUCCUUUGUGCA